UUUGCAAUCGGUACUCAACGUGAACACAAUGAAAGGAAGGAAUUUAGUUAACUGUUUGGCAUUGAUUUUGCUGGCCAACUUUGCGACAAGUCAGCGCGUCGAAGACAUCUGUCAAUUGUUCUCCGAUGGCACUGUGUUACGUGAUCCCGAAUCCUGCAGUCGAUCGAUCACAUGCCAGGACGCAAAGAGCACUUACACCACCUGCUCGGGAUCGACGCCGUUCUUUAACAAGGACACACUGAAGUGUGUGAAAACACUCGACGACAGCGACGGUUGUGAUGUGACGUGUGCAAAUUCCACAGCGAAAUUCAUUAACGAUCCCAAGUCCUGUUUUGGCUAUUACUAUUGUGCCGACGAACAGACGCCGAUGUAUGGCAAAUGCGCCGCUGGCCAACACUUUAAUGGAACCACUCAGAGUUGUGUUUGGACACAGCAUUCGACAUGCACCGCAGCCUCAUUUGAUUACUGCAGCAUUAUCAAGAACGGUGUGAGUUUUGACAGCAACUUGGGCUGCAAUCGGUAUUAUGAAUGCACCAAGGGUGCACUCGUGGACAGCACCUGCAAGUCGGGCUACUACGAUGCCCGAUCUGGUGCAUGUAUCUCCAAGAGUCUGGUGCAUUGCGAUGCCCAUCCGUAUCCCACGAAUGUUUGCGGCACCGCCAAAAGUCCCAAGAUAAACGCCUAUGUGGCAGAUGGGGCCACCUGCCACGGUUAUUUCUACUGCACCCAGACAUCGGAUGGCAGUCCGGAUCCGGCUCCCAAGUGGGGCCACUGCGGCGAUGAUUUGUUCUUCGACGCGACUUCGCAGAUCUGCACUACGCCAAUUAAGGUGGCUUGCUCUGAGGAUCGUUGCCAAGGACGCACGAUUCCCUUUGUGCUCAGCGCCACGAAGGGUUGUCGGAACUAUUUAAGAUGCUCGAAUGGUGUCACGAAAGAUGAAAAGUCCUGUGCUGGCAAUUUGUUCUUUGACGAGGAGCAAGGCUCGUGUGGCAGAGAUCUUAAAAUUCGCAGCCUGCUAAAGCGAUUGUCUAGAAGCAUAUUAUAUAUAUCUCAGCAAAACUAA